CCUUCUCUCCUAAGGUACUAUUUCUAGAGGAACACUUCAGGUUGGCCUACAAUUGAAGUCAACCAGCUCAGUCCCUUCUUGUGUUUGCUUGUCAAGUCACACACUCACACUCGGACCAAAACUGUCAGUUGUCGAGUCACCCACGCAUCUACCAAACCCCGUCCAACAACGCAACGCACCACCAGCCCACCCUUCCACCACACAUCCACCACUGUCACCCCCCCCCCCCCUUCCUUCAAUUCCCUCGACCCUCAAUUACCUUUUCUUUUUCUGCUCUUGACCCGUCCCGGACCAAGCGCUCCAGAAAGCAAUAAACAUCGGGGCCUCGCCUUCACCUGUUCAACCGUUCAAAGUCUUCUUUUCAGGCGAGUGUUGUCGUCUCAAUUCGUCGCCUCAUCGGUUUCUGUUCUGCCCUUUCGGACUCGGCGGGACAACUGGGUAAAGAGCAGACAGGAAAACUUUCGGGGAACCAGAUUGACAAACUCCGGUGACGCAAACUCGUUGGCCACUUCUGGCUGUGCUCCCUGUUCAUUCAUCGGACUCGAAAGAGGGAAAGAAAAGGAGUUUUCCCCUUCUGUGUUCAUCUCUGGUUAUACCUCUCCCCCAUCGGCGUGGUAUUCAGUGGAUUAGCUUCGUCUUUAUUUUUCUUGCGGUGAAUCACUAGCCCAUCUACUGUUCACUGCUGCCUUGGCUUUUUGUACUUUGCGGGUUCUCUUCAACAUUUACGUCUGGAAACACGGCGCCCACUGAUAGCCUUGGUGUUGAUGAGAGCACCGUGCUUCGUAUCGACGACUUGAGACCGACCCAAAUCCAGUUUCGAUCCAUCCCAAUUUUUCCAGAAUUCCUUCGACCUGGCCGCGCUUUCUCGAGAGAGCUCCUGCUUCUUAGUGAGUUCAGGCUUCUGCCGGCGAUCAGGAAACGGGAUAUUGUUUUACUUACAGCUGGAGUCUCAUUCUACCCAUCUGCCAAUCAGCCUUGAGAGUUUCUGAAGGAAACAAAUCCCCCUCAUUUCAAAUAUACCUCUCCAAUAUCUGGGCUCGAGUUCCGGGAGGCUUACUAGGUCGUUAAAUUGCGUUUCUCUGUGGAUCGGGUCGCUUUCCGUCUACUAUCCUAGAUUCCCCAGCGUCUCGUCAAUCUGACCACAUUCUUUCUCGCAAGCCUGGUCUGAUUUAUCAGCCUCGCUUGGACUUUUAUCGGAGCCCUUUUCUUGAGCAUGGCAGCGGAUAACACCGUGCUUCAAUCGACAACCAGCCCGAACUCUCCUCCGAUGUCGUCCUCUUAUGCUGGAGUGAAUAGUGGGAACAAAACUCAGCCGCCCCCACCACCCCCACCGAAGACGGACAAACCCAGACCUCAUGUCUGUGCAACUUGUUCACGUUCAUUCGCACGUCUGGAACACCUCAAGCGCCAUGAGCGCUCCCACACGAAGGAAAAGCCAUUUGAGUGCCCAGAAUGCACGCGCUGUUUUGCCCGCAGGGACUUACUUCUCAGACACCAGCAGAAAUUGCAUAUGACGACCACUCCCAGCAGUCGUCCAAGAGCCAGCGGUCGGAGAGAAAGCACGAGCUCCGUAACAUCCACUAAUCCUGGGAGGGUCCGGAAGAACUCAGUUUCUACUACUGCCACUGGCCCAGUCAGUCACGGUGAUGGUGGGGCUUCCGCCAUGAGGGCUAGGCCUAGGGCGAAUACCAUUGCCCACGUAGACGCCUCAACUCUUGGGAUGCUUGCAGCUGCCAAUGCGAAUGUGAGCCGUGGAAGAAGUAGUGGCAGUGCUCAAGGUAAUAUGGGCGGCACCGGCGUAGGUUCUUUGAAUCAUGAAGAAACCAGGUAUGUCUUUCCGAAGAAUACCCGACCGUGGGGUGCCUGGGCUCAUGAGGAACCUAGGCACGCGGUGCCCAAAAUUGAUACAUCGCUGUCAUCUUUGGAUCUGGGUGGGAUGAUGCCUCGUUCUGCCUCCAUGCUUCCUUCCGAAUAUGAGCUUGAUGGUUUGUUGUUUGGAGGAACUGUCAAUCCGGCGGCGUUGCACUUCAAUAUGUCACCCCUUCAGCAACCGAUUGGGACGCCAACUUCACCGUUCGGGCCCCCAUUCCCUGGCCUUGAUUCUUCGUACUAUAUCGAAGAUGAAGAUGAUUACGAAUGGAUGAAUCCACUUGGUGGUGGAAGUCUUAUGGAUCCUGUUGACCAGUCAUCACCCAGUGCUUUCAGCACUACAUCGGCCAGUGGAAUCAGUGAGGUUAUUCUGAAUGAGAAUCAAGGAUGGGGCAGUCAGAUGGGUAUGGGUACGGGUUCCGGAAAUGCCAUCAAUUUUAAUUCUCCAAAUGAUUUCUCGGGAUCGAAUUUUCAUCAUGAAACGCCACCGCCACCGGGAACCAUCUCCCCCAAAACUCUUUUGGCUCAGCAAUCGUCCCAUGAGAAUUACUACUCCGGUCCACCGCUCUCGAUCUCACCCUCCACCAUGAGCCACCACUUCCCACCAUUCAACAACAAUCACCAGUAUAACGCUGACAAUCGUACAUCUUCGGCCACUUCCUUGCAUAGCAACGGUGGGUCAUCCAUGACCUCACUCUCUGCGGAAUCCGUGACGGAUGCUACUCGAGCAGCAUUGCUGGCAACGCUCGCGCAGGCACCUAGUAUUCUCAACGGCCAGGGCACUCAGACUUAUCAGCCUCCCCGUGCUCAUCAACGACGGUAUUCAACAUCUACACAGCCAGCACCAGGAACUACCAGUUUUCCCCCAUUUGUCGGGAAGGCUACCGGCCUGCCCGGCACUGCUGAUCUCCAGCGAUACGUCGGGGCCUACAUCAAAUAUUUCCAUCCACAUCUUCCGUUCCUCCAUAUCCCGACCCUCAAUUUCAACUCCCCGGCAUUCACGAAUAGUGUCAAGGGCGGUCAGCGUAGCAACGGGGUUAUCGGGGGUGGUGGAUGCCUCGUUUUAUCCAUUGCUGCAAUCGGCGCCCUCUACGAAUUCGAGCAAAACAUCGCCCGAGAUAUCUUCGAGUUAUCCAAGAAGACAAUUCAAAUUUUCCUUGAAGAUCGUAGAAAGGCUGAUGUCACUGCUGCUCUUAGCGGUCUCAAUACUAAUAGUGGAGGCGGCGGUGAUAGUGGGACCAAUACUCCCGUUUGGCUUGUACAGGCUAUGCUCUUGAACGUCAUUUACGGAUUGCAGUGUGGAGAGAAGAGUGCUUGUGAAACCGCUGUCACUCACUGUGCAGCAUUGGUUAGUUUGGCCAGGACUGCUGGGUUGACUAGACAGCCUCAUGUAUCCACUACACAAACUUUCAAGCAAGAGGACGGAGACAUUCAUAUGGGUGACUUAGAAUCCUAUGGUGGCAGUGUGGGCAGCGAUGGUUGGGGCGGAAUUAACAUCAAGAUGGAGCCUGAUGAGAACGUAGAGUGGACGAGCUGGGUCAUUGCUGAGGAGCGGAAACGGACUUUAUACGCCGUUCACUUUUUGUCAAGCUUGCUUGUUGCGGCACACAACUUGUCUCCUGCCCUCAUGAAUAACGAGAUCCGCUGCGACUUGCCGUGCGACGAGGAGCUUUGGUCGGCUGGGACCGCUGCGGUAUGGAAAUCCCGUGGUGGUCUAGCCUUGGCAUCACAAAACUCGGUCAAUUUCACAAGCGCUCUUACCGGGCUCUUAUCUGCCGGUCAGCAGACAUAUGGUUCCCCAGGCCAAUUCCAAAAUUUUACCAAUGGUCAGCAGGGCGGUCACGUUUGGAUGCCUCGUCUUGAUUUGCGCACUCCAUGUCUAUAUUUGGGAAACGAGACAAAGACACAACUCUCGCCAUUGGACGUCAUCUGAGGCUGAGACAAUGCACGCUCACAUCGAGCCUGCUCUCAAGGCAUGGCAAGCCGCCUGGUAUAGCAGCCCCCAUCAUAGCAUUGAGAGACCCAAUCCGUACGCGAUGGGCCCCCUGUCAGCGGAUUGUAUUCCUCUGCUUGACCUCGCUUACAUCCGUUUGUUUGUUGAUCUUGGCAGAGCCAAAGAAUUCUUUUGGGCUAGGG